UUGGAAGUUGGUGAGUCCUGCUAUUGAAAAUAACUUUAAUAUCAAAUGGCUGAGAAAACCGUUCUUCUUGAAAGUUUCCUGAGCUGCCAUGUGUGUUCAGAGACUUUCAGAGAUCCCGUGUCUCUGGGCUGCAACCACAGCUUCUGUUCGAGCUGCCUGCAGAAAUUCUGGGAACAAAGUAAGAACAAAAACUGUCCCAUUUGUAAAAGAAAAUCUUCUAAAGAUCUUCCGGUGAACUUUACACUGAAGGAGCUGGCUGACUCCUUUGCUGAGAGACAGAAAGCUGGAUCAUCUGAGACAGAAAAAGGAGAGAAGAAGGUGGAGGUGGUGUGUAGUAAACAUCAAGAAGAGCCUAGAUUGUUCUGUAUGGAUGAAGAGAGAGCUGUGUGUCCUGUCUGUGAGUUUUCUCUCCACCGGAGUCACAAGGUGGUUCCUGUAGAACAAGCAGUCAGUGAGCUGAAGGACCUGCUGAAAUCUGACUUAAAGUCUCUGAAGGACAAGAGGGACAAAUACAAAGGAGUGGAGGAAACAUACAAGGAAGUGAUUCAAGUGUCCGAGAAGCAGCUGCUGUCCACAGAGAGGCAGAUCAGAGCAGAGUUCAUCAAGCUCCAUCAGUUCCUGAAAGAGGAAGAGGAGUCCAGACUGGCAGCUCUGAGGGAGGAAGAGGAGCAGAAAGGGAAGACUAUCAGCAGAGAGAUGAAGAGCAUUCAGGAGCACAUCUCCUCUCUGUCACACAGUAUCUCUGCUGUUGAAGAAGAGCUGCAGAAACACAACGGGCCCUUCCUCAGCAGUUACAAAGCCACUCAGAGCAGAGCCAGAGUCCAGAGCUCACUGUCAGACCCACAGCUGCUCUCAGGAGCGCUGACAGAUGUGGCCAAACACCUGGGCAACCUGUCCUUCAGAGUCUGGGAGAAGAUGAAGGACCAGGUCCACUUCAGUCCUGUCAUUCUGGACCCAAACACUGCAGGCAGAUGGCUCUCUCUGUCUGAUGAUCUGACCAGUGUGAGACAUGGAGGCAAAUAUCAGCAGCUUCCUGAUAAUCCAGAGAGAUACACUAAGUAUCCUAAUGUUCUGGGCUCUGAGGGCUUCAGCUCAGGGAAACACAGCUGGGAGGUGGAGGUGGGAGAUCAUCCUGUCUGGACUAUAGGUUUGACUAAAGAGUCAGUUGACAGAAAGGGAGAGAGACCAGGUGCCUCACCAAAAUAUGGAAUCUGGUGUUUAAGACAUCGCAGUGGAAAAUACACUAAUGGUGCUGGUGAGACUGUCAGAGUGAAGAAGAAUCUCCAGAGGAUCAGAGUCCAGCUGGACUAUGACAGGGGGGAGGUGUCCUUCUACGACCCUAAAGACAUGACUCCCAUCUGCACUCACACAGACACUUUCACUGAGAAACUCUUCCCAUGGUUCAGUAUUGGAGAAGCUGGUGAUGCUAAAACUGCUGAUAUCAAAAUCUGUCAAAGUGAGAUUCCUCUGUGAUGCUCAGGAGUGUUAGUUCAGACUUUAUUCGGACUUCGUCUGUCUAGAUCCUUUUGAAAUAAUCAAGGUAAAAAACAACAGAUGAUAAUCAGGAUUUAAUUUGAGUCUGUAAGAUUUUAAAUGUUAAGAAGAUUUGAUCAUGUUUUAUUUACAGAGUUUUACACGUUUUACUCAAAGUCUCAGUGCAACAAAACUAAUUAUUUGUUUAUUUUUAUAGUUUAUCAUUUUGUUAUACUUUAUUAUAAUGUGUUUAUAGCUUUAAAGGUGGGGUAGGUAAUUCACUUCUUUUUGAUAUUUGUAGGUCUUUUGAUGAAUUAUGUUUAGAUAUGGAUAUAUUGUUUUACUCUCCACGGGCAAGUCAUUUAAUAGUUCUAUUUCAUUCUUUCAUUGUUGCAAUGUUUCUUUGGGACGUUUUCCGUACUGUAUACAUGGACAAUAACAUUUAUUAUGAUUGAAAAUGUAAAUUCUUUUUUCAACCUAAAAGGAAUUACAGCUGUAGAAUUCAGUUUAGUAUUUGUAAUGCUGCUUCAGAUAUCUUAUGAUUCAAUAACCAGCAGUUUGAUGCAGAAAUGUGUCUCUGAACUUGAUAUUGGUUUCUUCAGGUGAAUCUGUCAUAUGUGACAAAUUACAAAUAUAAAUGACAAAAGACAAUUGUACAACAAACUAUAAUAUAAAUAAAUAAUUCUUAAUGAUUUAA